AUGGCGGCGUGCCGGGUAUCCUCGUCGAAAUGGUUUUUCACCCGGGAGCAGCUCGAAGCCACGCCGUCCCGCCGUACGGGAGUGGAGCCGGAUAGAGAGCUCUCUUACCGACAGCAGGCGGCAAACCUCAUUCAAGAUAUGGGCCAGAGACUCAACGUGUAUCCUUUAUAAACAAUCUAGCAAUAAUCAUCAUCAGACAUGUCGAAGGAAGGAGUAUAGACAUGGUGCUUUGUAGGCCCGUUUUCCCAGUGUGCGGUGUCUUGUGUGGGGGCUGGGGGCACGCGCCAGACGCAGUUUAUGUUACUAUAUAUUGUCUUAUCAAAACAUUACAAAUGUGCCAGUGGUCGCUUUAAUGUAUUCGGUGUUGUGUAGUAAUGAUACAGCCAAGUUUACUAGUUAGCAAACAUAAUCCAUCAUCAACAUUCAACAACAUAAAGGCCAGCUAGCAAGCUGUUAGCCUGUCAGUAGCUAGUUAGCUAACAUUAGUUUACUAAUCUUCCCUGCUAGUUCUAAUUGAAAUGUUAACUAGCUAACGUUGGUGUGUUUUUCGUUUUAUGAUCAAUCUUCACAUAGCCAAGUGACGGCUGCCCAGCAUGCCUUUGCCAACGUUAGCUAGCAGUUUUAAGAAGAAGAAAAAAAUAGAUAAAUAAUUAAAGAGCAGCAGUAAAAUAACAGUAGCGAGGCUAUAUACAGGGGGUACCGGUACAGAGUCAAUGUGCGGGGGCACAGGUUAGUCGAGGUAAUUGAGGUAAUAUGUAUGUGUAGGUAUAGUUAAAGUGACUAUGCAAAGAUAAUAAACAGAGUAGCAGUAGCGUAAAAGAGGUGGUGGUGGGGGGGGGGGACAAUUCAAAUACUCCAGGUAACCAUUUCAUUAGCUGCUCAGGAGUCUUAUGGCUUUGGGGUAGAAGCUGUUAAGAAGCCUUUUGGACCUAGACUUGGCGCUCCGGUACCGCUUGCGGUGCGGUAGUAGAGAGAACAGUCUAUGACUAGGGUGACUGGAGUCUUUGAACAUUUUUAGGGCCUUCCUCUGACACUGCCUAGUGUAUAGGUCCUGGAUGGCAGGAAGCUUGGCCCCAGUGAUGUACUGGGCCGUACGCACUACCCUCUGUAGUGCCUUGGGUCAGAGGCCGAGCAGUUGCCAUACCAGACGGUGAUGUAACCGGUCAGGAUGCUCUUGAUGGUGCAGCUGUAGAACAUUUUGAGGAUCUGAGGACCCAUGCCAAAUCUUUUCAGUCUCCUGAGGGGGAAUAGGCUUUGUCGUGCCCUCUUCAUGACUGUCUUGGUGUGUUUGGACUAUGAUAGUUUGUUGGUGAUGUGCUCACCAAGGAACUUGAAGCUCUCAACCUGCUCCACUACAGCCCCGUCGAUGAAAAUGGGGGCGUGCUCGGUCCUCUUUUUCCAGUAUUCCACAAUCAUCUCCUUUGUCUUGAUCACAUUGAGGGAGAGGUUGUUAUCCUGGCACCACACGGCCAGGUCUCUGACCACCUCCCUAUAGGCUGUCUCAUCGUUGUCGGUGAUCAGGCCUACCACUGUUGUGUCGUCGGCAAACUUAAUGAUGGUGUUGGAGUCUUACCUGGCCAUGCAGUCGUGGGUGAACAGGGAGUACAGGAGGGGACUGAGCAAGCACCCCUGAGGGACCCCCGUGUUGAGGAUCAGCGUGGCAGAUGUGUUGUUAUCUACCCUUACCACCUGGGGGCGGCCCGUCAGGAAGUCCAGGAUCCUUUCAGAGGGAGGUGUUUUGUCCCAGGGUCCUUAGCUUAGUGAUGAGCUUUGUGGGCACAAUGGUGUUGAACGCUGAGCUGUAGUCAAUGAAUAGCAUUCUCAUGUAGGUGUUCCUUUUGUCCAGGUGGGAAAGGGUAGUGUGGAGUGCAAUAGAGAUUGCAUUAUCUGUGGAUCUUUUGGGGCGGUAUGCAAAUUGGAGUGAGUCUAGGGCUUCUGGGAUAAUGGUGUUGAUGUGAGCCAUGACCAGCCUUUCAAAGCUCUUCAUGGCUACAGAUGUGAGUGCCAUGGGUCUGUAGUCAUUUAGGCAGGUUACCUUAGUGUUCUUGGGCACAGGGACUAUUGUGGUCUGCUUGAAACAUGUUGGUAUUACAGACUCAGUCAGGGACAUGUUGAAAAUGUCAGUGAAGACACUUGCCAGUUGGUCAGCGCAUGCUCGGAGUACACGUCCUGGUAAUCCGUCUGGCCCUGCGGCCUUGUGAAUGUUGACCUGUUUAAAGGUCUUACUCACAUCAACUACAGAGAGCGUGAUCACACAGUCGUCCGGAACAGCUGAUGCUCUCAUGAAUGCUUCAGUGUUGCUUGCCUCGAAGCGAGCAUAGAAGUGAUUUUAGCUCGUCUGGUAGGUUCAUGUCACUGGGCAGCUCGCGGCUAUGCUUCCCAUUGUAGUCUGUAAUAGUUUGCAAGCCCUGCCACAUCCGACGAGCGUCAGAGCCGGUGUAGUACGAUUCAAUCCUAGUCCUGUAUUGACUCUUUGCCUGUUUGAUGGUUCGUCGGAGGGCAUAGCGGGAUUUCUUAUAAGCGUCCGGGUUAGAGUCCCGCUCCUUGAAAGCGGCAGCUCUACCCUUUAGCUCAGUGCAGAUGUUGCCUGUAAUCCAUGGCUUCUGGUUGGGGUAUGUAUGUACGGUCACUGUGGGGACGACGUCAUCGAUGCACUUAUUGAUGAAGACAGUGACUGAUGUGGUGUACUCCUCAAAGCCAUCGGAAGAAUCCCGGAACAUAUUCCAGUCUUUGCUAGCAAAACAGUCCUGUAGCUUAGCAUCUGCGUCAUCUGACCACUUAUUUAUUGACAGAGUCACUGGUGCAGUCCUGCUUUAGUUUUUGCUUGUAAGCAGGAAUCAGGAGGAUAUAAUUAUGGUCAGAUUUGCCAAAUGGAGGGUGUGGGAGAGCUUUGUACGCGUCUCUGUGUGUGGAGUAAAGGUGGUCUAGAGUUUUUUUCCCCCUCUGGUUGCACUUUUAACAUGCUGGUAGAAAUGAGGUAAAACAUGAUUUAAGUUUCCCUGCAUUAAAGUCCCCGGCCACUAGGAGCACCGCCUCUGGAUGAGCGUUUUCCAUGAUUGCUUAUGGCCUUAUACCGGAAGGAGUUGAAAGCGUUUACAUUUUAGUUCGUGGUUGUAUAUCGUUUCAAAGUAAGAUUAUGAAUGUGCUUCAUGUUGCCAUGUGAAUCACUAUUUAGACGGUGCAUGUCCUUGUAUAGAACAACAUUUUUCAAUAUUACAUGGUCCACAUGCGUAACUUAUGUACUGUAUUCCUUUGAAUUGCAAACAUAUAAUAAUAUAAUAAUAUUCCUGAAAAAUGUAACUGAUAUUGUCCAUCAAGGCCUGGAGCUGAAUGGCCCUUCACUGGCAGGCUGAAUUACAUAGACCUGACUGAUUGAAGGGUGUUGACUAGGUAUAACAGAUUUAAGUUUCCCUGCAUUAUAGUCCCCGGCCACUAGGAGCGCCGCCUCUGGAUGAGUGUUUUCCUGUUUGCUUAUGGCCUUAUACAGCUCAUUGAGUGCGGUCUUAGUGCCAGCAUCGGUUUGUGGUGGUAAAUAGACAGCUACGAAAAAUAUAGAUGAAAACUCUCUUGGUAAAUAGUGUGGUCUACAGCUUAUCAUGGGAUACCCUACCUCAGGUGAGCAAAUACCUUGAGAAUUCAUUAAUAUUAGAUUUCGUGCACCAGCUGUUGUUUACAAAUAAUAUAAUAAUAAUAUGCCAUUUAGCAGACGCUUUUAUCCAAAACGACUUACAGUCAUGCGUGCAUACAUUUUUUUUGCGUAUGGGUGGUCCCGGGGAUCGAACCCACUACCCUGGCGUUACAAGCGCCGUGCUCUACCAGCUGAGCUACAGAGGACCACAAAUAUACACAGACCGCCACCCCUUAUCUUGCCGAUGCAGCAUAUAUCCCGCUGUUAUCCAUGUCGUCGUUCAGCCACGACUCGGUGAAACAUAAGAUAUUACAGUUUUUAAUGUCCCGUUGGUAGGAUAUCCGUGAUUGUAGUUAAUCUAUUUUGUUAUGCAAUGAUUGUACGUUGGCUAAUAGGACUGAUGGUCGAGGCAGAUUACCCAUUCGCUGUCGGAUCCUUUCAAGGCACCCCGACCUACGUCUCCGAUAUCUCCGUCUCUUUCUCAUGCGAAUGACGGGGAUUUGGGCCUUGUCGGGUGUCUGAAGAAAAUCCUUUGCUUCCGACUCAUUAAAGAAAAAAUCCUUGUCCAGUAUGAGGUGAGUAAUCGCUGUCCUGAUAUCCAGAAGCUCUUUUCGGUCAUAAGAGACGGUGGCAGAAACAUUAUGUACAAAAUAAGUUACAAAUAACGCGAAAAAAACACACAAUAGCACAAUUGGUUAGGAGCCCGUAAAACGGCAGCCAUGUCCUCCGGCGCCAUUCCACACCUACUUUAUCAAGGAUUUUUCUUUCUUUUUACCUUUUUCUACAUUGUAGAAUAAUAGUGAAGACCUCAAAACUAUGAAAUAACACAUAUGGAAUCAUGUAGUAACCAAAAAAAUGUUUAAACACAUAUAUAUUUUAUAUUAGAGAUUCUUCAAAUAGCCACCCUUUACCUUGAUGACUGUUUUGCACACUCUUGGCAUUCUCUCAACCAGCUUCAUGAGGUAGUCACCUGGAAUGCAUUUCAAUUAACAGGUGUGCCUUCUUAAAAGUUAAUUUGUGGAAUUUCUUUCCUCCUUAAUGCGUUUGAGCCAAUCAAUUGUGUUGUGACAAGGUAGGGGUGUUAUACAGAAGAUAGCCCUAUUUGGUAAAAGACCAUAUUAUGGCAAGAACAGCUGAAAUAAGCAAAGAGAAACGACAGUCCAUCAUUACUUUAAGAAAUGAAGGUCAGUCAAUCUGAAAAAUUGGAAGAACUUUGAAAGUUUCUUCAAGUGCAGUCGCAAAAACCAUCAAGCGCUAUGAUGAAACUGGCUCUCAUGAGGACCGCCACAGGAAAGGAAGACCCAGAGUUACCUCUGCUGCUGCGGAUAUGUUCAUUAGAGUUAACUGCACCUCAGAUUGCAGCCCAAAUAAAUGCUUCACAGAGAUCAAGUAACAGAUACAUCUUAACAUCAACUGUUCAGAGGAGACUAUGUGAAUCAGGCCUUAAUGGUCAAAUUGCUGCAAAGAAAUCACUACUAAAAGACACCAAUAAUAAUAAUAAGAGACUUGCUUGGGCCAAGAAACACGAGCAAUGGACAUUAGACCAGUGGAAAUUUGUCCUUUGGUCUGGAGUCCAAAUUUGAGAUUUUUGGUUCCAACCGCUGUGUCUUUGUGAGACGCAGAGUAGGUGAACGGAUGAUCUCCGCAUGUGUGGUUCCCACCGUGAAGCAUGGAGGAGGAGGUGUGAUGGUGUGGGGGUGCUUUGCUGGUGACACUGUCAGUGAUUUAUUUAGAAUUCAAGGCACACUUAACCAGCAUGGCUACCACAGCAUUCUGCAGCGAUACGCCAUCCCAUCUGGUUUGCGCUUAGUGGGACUGUCAUUUGUUUUUCAACAGGACAAUGACCCAAAACACACCUCCAGGCUGUGCAAGGGCCAUUUGACCAAGGAGAGUGCUGCAUCAGAUGACCUGGCCUCCACAAUCACCCGACCUCAACACAACUGUGAUGGUUUUGGAUGAGUUGGACCUCAUAGUGAAGGAAAAGCAGCCAACAAGUUCUCAUCAUAUGUGGGAACUCCUUCAAGACUGUUGGAAAAGCAUUCCGCAUGAAGCUGGUUGAGAGAAUUCCAAAUAGGGCUAUCUUCUGUAUACCCCCCACCUUGUCACAACACAACUGAUUGGCUCAAACGCAUUAAGAAGGAAAGACAUUCCACAAAUUAACUUUUAACAAGGCACACCUGUUAAUUGAAAUGCAUUCCAGGUGACUACCUAAUGAAGCUGGUUGAGAGAAUGCCACGAGUGUGCAAAGCUGUCAAGGCAAAGGGUGGCAAAUAUAAAAUAUAUUUGAAUCUCAAAUAUAAAAUAUAUUUGUUAAAAACUUUGUUGGUUACUACAUGAUUCCAUAUGUGCUAUUUCAUAGUUUUGAUGUCUUCACUAUUAUUCUACAAUGUAGAAAAUAGUAAAAAUAAAGAAAAACCCUUGAAUGAGUAGGUGUCCAAACUUUUGACUGAUGCUGUACCUAACAGCUAAUCAUUUAUUUACUGAAGUUACAUUUGAACAUACUUGAAUUCCUUAACCCCUUUUCUCCAGCUCACAACUUACAAUAAAUACAGCAAUUGUUUACAUGCAUAGAUUUUAUAUGUACCACUCUUUCACCAAAUUCCACAGAAAUGUAAGUAUUUACUAUUCUUCAUUAUGUAGAGUCAGCCUGACCUGUAUUUUCCUUAGAAAAUGGGCAACCUCUUUACAUGUGAAUUUAUUAAAAUUAAUUAUCUUCUUACAGAUUAUUUCUCCAACCACAUUAUUCCUAGCUGCAAAAGUUGAAGAGCAACCUCGGAAACUGGAGCAUGUCAUUAAGGUUUCGCAUGCUUGUCUAAACCCUCAAGAGGCCCCGCUUGAUACGAAGAGUAAUGUAAGUCUGGGUACUAUGGGUAUUGUAGGUUUUGUUAUUCUCUCUGUUUCUCCCAUUUUGUCAAUGGCAUCAACACUUGCUUUUGUGUAGUUUGAGGUGUGUGUCACCAGAGGGGGAGCUGAGACUGAACAUAGUCUGACAGAAGCAAUUUUCAGGCUUUGUCAGACGGAUGUCUCAGUCCUGUCUCGGCAUGUUCUUAGUGCUUAUAUUAUUCCUAGUAGCAAGACUAUAUUUAAAACAUCUGGCACUAAGAAAUAACCCAUACUGUUACUUUGGAAUAGGGGUAUCGAUAGACACAUUACAAUGUCAUGUAAUGAUUGUCUAUUGAACUUCAGGCAUACCUCCAGCAAGCUCAAGAGCUGGUGAUACUUGAAACCAUAGUGCUGCAGACUUUAGGUAAGUAAUGACUGAGUGAGUGUAUAGCGAGAACUUGGUCUAGUCUACAAAGUGUGUUAUGUUUUGAAUAUUCUGUUGGACCAUUGCUGCCAGGCAUAGAUGAAUUGCCCUGUGUUCCCAUUUGUCAGAUUAUUUAAAUGAGGUAUGUCACAGGAACAUGUCAAACAAUCCUCAAUGCCAAGAUUCUAUUGCUGCUGCACAGGUCAACAUGUUAUUAUCGUUUGAUGAAUCUCAGAUCUUGGCAAACAGCAGUCCCAUCCAUGUUCCGAUUUGUGGUCUCCACGACUACGGAAUACUCCAAUUAUGUUGCCACCAUCUGCGGCCCUUUUGGUUAUACAACGUCAAUAUACUCACCCUUAAUUAGAUGUAAAGAAAAGAGAACUGCCUUUCAUAAUCCACAUGUAAUCCUGACUGUGCUUUUGUGAUGAACAAUAGAGGGGAAGAACCAUAGAUGGAACAUUACUUUGAUGCAUUUUGACAAACUGUUACUGUUGAAACUCACCUGUCAUGUAUUUUGUUCCAGGAUUUGAAAUAACUAUUGAACAUCCACACACUGAUGUGGUGAAAUGUUCCCAGCUAGUGAGAGGUAGAGGCUUCCUUCUUUGCUCUUUCAUGUCCUCUAGUCGGGUCAUGUCUACAAGGGAUCCAGCUUUUGUCAAAUUAAUAUCAAAUUGGACUUUUCGUAGCAGCUUAUGAACACGUAUGCAGCAGAUUAGGAAAACUAACGUAGCGUGUUAGGAAAAGAGUUAGGGUUAGGUUAAAGGCAAAAACGUUAAUUUGACGUUAAUUUGUCACAUGCUGGAUCGCUUCUAGCCUUCACCCUCUAGUCGUGUAGGUGGGAGGAUGAAUGCUGACAUGAUUGUGUAACAAAUCGUUGUUGACCUUUUAGAGUUAUCACUAAACAUGUACAGUACAUUAAAGGUAGACUCAGCAAAAUGACGUUGCCACGAACAGCACUGCAGAUAUUGAGAUGAGUGAGAUGCAAGACUUUGCUCUCACAGUCACACCCAGUAUCUGUGCAUGCGCACGGGUUGCCUUCACGCUGUUAGAACGUGAUUGACACAGGACCAGAACAGCGGAGAAGUUGAGCCUCAUGCUUCAACGCUCUUAGUAGUUGCGAAAAUUAGUUAUUGCGGAAAAAGGUUAGGGAUUUUUCUUAACAUUAAGGAUCCUAAUUUCGUUUAAACAUUUUUAACGUUUAAACGGUCACACCCCUAGCAUCUGCGUCAUAUCGCUGAGUCUAUCUUUAAAGGUAACAUUUUGUCAACUUCUAAUGAUAACCCUUAUUAACAGAGCACACUGGUCAGCAAAAACCUUAACUCUCUUUUCUCUCUCACUUACAGCAAGCAAGGAUCUGGCACAGACUUCCUAUUUCAUGGCUACCAACAGGUUGUUAUCCUGACCCUCCUUUGUUGCACUGUGACUAUUGCACACUAUAGCUUCCUGUAAGCAGGGUACCCUUUCUGUGUCCAACGGCCCUCUAUGCGCCGAUGGCUACUGGGAUGCUAGCCCCCUCUCUUGCCCCCACAGUGGGGUUGAAUGCACAAUGUGAAGUGUAGUGGUGGGCUUGAAUCUCACGUUUGCUCGGUUACAAAAGUGCACAUGUCUAAAAAGACACUUUGGUAGCCUGAAUAGCAGCUAAAGAUUACACAGAUGUAAACAUAACGUAGAAGUCAUCCUGGUAAGUACUGCGAACCCUCCUUUUUAUUUAUUUGUGUUUUUAAAAUGUUGCCAAAUAUUUAAAAAGUUUAUGAAAAUCUUUGUCAGUUAACCAAAUAAUUGUUAAUGUAAUGAGAUGUAUGUAUGUAUGUAUGUAUGUAUGUAUGUAUGUAUGUAUGUAUGUAUGUAUGUAUGUAUGUAUGUAUGUAUGUAUGUGUGUGUAUAUAUAUAUAUAUAUAUGUGUAUUUGUAUAUAGAACAGAAAUGGAAGUGCUAAUUACAAUUUAUGAUGUUAACCCAUUAAGGACCUACUCAAAUGGCAUGUUUUUUUAAUUUGAGGAGAAGAAUACACCAUGUUUUAAUACACCAUUUCAUUGUAUUACAAAAUAUCUGUCCAUCCAUAAGUAUUAGUCUUGGUUUUUGGCUUUUCACUUACAAACAACCAUACACAGUUUAUAUUCUGCAAAUUAUGGCAGAACUAGGUCCUGAAGGGUUAGUUUUGCCAAGACAUCAUGUUGGGUUGGGAUUUAAUAUAGCCUUUUUGUUUCCCAUAGCCAAAAAACGCCCUCAAAACUAACUACAAUGUCUGGACGCAGAUCCUGAUAAAUGCUUUUCUGUUAGGCCUGGUCAUAAUUAAGCUGUUGCUUGCGCAAUCCGGCAAUCGUACGAAAAUUAUAAUUUUUUGAUCGAAAAAAAAUAAUAUGAAAGAGCCAAAGACAACAUUGUGUUCCAGAAACGGCCUGUUCUAAAGAAGGCAGGCUGCAUUUGACCCAUUAGAACUGGAGAGGCUUAUGUCUAACAGUAAACAGGGAGAAGUGAAGAACUUGACGUUGUGCCGUAGACGUCGCGCUAAUUAGAGGAUGAAUGGCUUCUUAAUGCCUGAACUCAGUGACCAGCCACAGAAAGGCCUUGUUUGUUUGGGUCUUAGACAUAUAAUUCACCACGGUUACUGACCUGUACCCUGUAGACUAAACAGUGAGGAAAAAGUGGAAACUGUACCCAAGCCUUAGAAAUAGAAUUGACUUGAAUGGGAAUGUAUGUAAAAUGUAAAUGUACUUCUGUUUCUAUGGUUUGGAUUCUAUUUGGGUUAGAGUCACCAUGGUGAAUACGGGAACUUCUUAUAUUUGAUGUUGUUUUCCAGGAUUGUGCGCACUAGUCUCAGGCAGCGCAGGGUUACCAUCCAGCUUUUACCAUGGUCUUUAAAAUGGGUGACUAUCUAGCUCUCUGGCCCUUUAAAUCUUUCAAGGUUCAAUAUUGAAGCUUCAUCUAGUUCUCCACGACUCAGGUUCUUCAGAACUCAAGCUAACUUGGACUACAGUUGACUAGAAGAAGGCAUUUCUGUGUGUUUUUCUCACCAUAACCAGUUAGUCUGAAUGAGUGGCUCUUUUGAAUUUACUGUAAGCUAAUUUCGACAUUACCAUAAAAUGUUGACCAAGUGUGUUAUUUAUUGGUGGUGGAUUUUUUAAAUGAAGGGUGAAAUUGGGUCACUUUCCCACCUGAAAAAACCUACUAGUAAUCUUUUUUAAUUUUAAUUUGAUGCAUAUUUGAAGUUAUUGCUAUAUUUGCAGCUCCUUUUGGUAAACACUAGGAUGGUAGCCACUGUGAAACUGACUCCUGAUCUAUUCUGCAUGUCAGUCAUUGUUUGUUCUCAACUGUGUCAAAAUGGGUAUAACAUUUAUUUUGCAAUGCUUCUUCUUCUUCUGUUGUCCUCAACACUGUGUACUGUGUUUUACCUCAGCCUAAAGCACCUGUGACUUACAGUCUGUUUUAUCUUGUCUCUUCUCCAUGUGACCUGUUGUUGUGCUCCGGUCUCUGCUCGCGCAGCCUCCACCUCACCACGUUCUGCCUGCAGCACAAGCCCACAGUCAUCGCCUGCGUCUGCAUCCACCUGGCCUGUAAAUGGUCUAACUGGGAGAUCCCUGUCUCUACUGAUGGGAAACACUGGUGGGAGUACGUGGACAACUCUGUCACACUGGAGCUGCUCGAUGGUGACUCUUUGAUUUGAUUAUAGUUUGUUAGUUCACGCUCGUAGUCGGAAAGACAUGCAGAAUGCACAGUGACAAUGUGUUUUAGUUUGGGAGAAGCGUUUGUUUUAGUCAAUGAGAAGUGUGUGGGGUAUGUUAUUAUUGGCAUUUAUAUUAGGUGUUAAAACCAAGUGUGACCUGUCCUGUCCUUCAGAACUGACACAUGAGUUCCUUCAGAUUCUGGAGAAAACGCCGAGCAGGUUGAAGAGGAUACGGAACUGGAGGGUAAGCUUCCGUUUCUCUCCAGUGAAUCAUCGUUAAGACCUCUCACUCGUUCUAAACACUGUUGUAGUUUGUCCUUGGUGUCUGCUGAUUUUAUUUCAGUGUAGUUUUAUUGUACAGUUUCAUGCUCUUCACAAAACCGCCUCGUCACACCAUCAUCCUCUCUUCUCCCCCAUGCCAGGCCACACAAGCUGCCAAGAAGCCCAAGGGAGAUGGCUCUCAGGCAAAUGACCCCUACCCAGGACCCUCCCUGGUCCACGAACAUUCCCUGGGAGACGGCAUCCCUGGGGUCUCCAACUCAGCCUUCUCCAAAGCCGCCGCCUCGUUCCCUGUCCCUCUGCCGGGGCACGCCAGUGGACCCCUCUCCCUGGACUCCAUAGCCUCUAUGCAGGGCAGCUCCUACACCUUCACCACCCCCAGCGACUGGCCCCAGGACACGGGUGGUCGCUCGGAGGGAGGAGGCUAUUCCCUCAAAACAGAUGCACUAGGCCUCCAGGGGGCUUCACUGUCUCUGCAUCACGGCUCUCUAAACCCACACAGACCAGAUAAGACCGUGGAGUUCAACCCUACUAAACACGAACACAAGGCUGUAGGGGGAGGGGGGAAGCACCAGCAACAGCAGCCCGUUUUCCCUCCACCGCCCCCGCCGGCCCAGAAAAUGUCCCUGGACAAGUACAGAGAGAAGCACGCUGCCGAGCUUGCGGUGCAGCAGCAACGCAGACAGACAGAGCAGCAGGAUAUGGAGCCUGAGAGCAGGGAUGCCUAUAUACCCUCUGUCCAGUCAGACCACAGGAAACACAUGCAGCCCCACCCUAACCCAGGGGGCAGCAGCGGCACCACUGCCCCUCCUCUUAAAAUGAAGCUGGCCAUGCCAGGCCAGGACAGGCUCCCCUCUGACAAACGGGACAAGGGGGGCUCACUCAAACUCCGCCUCCCAGUUCCUUCUCAGGGGGGCGUGGCCAGCAAAGAGGAGCUGAAGAUGAAAAUCAAGGUGUCCUCUGAGCGCCACAGCUCUUCUGACGAGGGCGGGGCAAAGAGCAAACAUUCCAGCCCGCUGGUAAGCAAGGAGAAGCAUCGGGACCACUCUGCCCACCGCCACCACAAGCAGCACGGACACUCUCACCUCCAUUCAGCACAGCACAGCGGCAAUGGCAGGGGGGGCCUUGAGGGGCCAGCGGGGGUUGGGCCGGCCCUCCUCCGGAGCCCCCUGGGGUUAGGGGGCGUUGAGGGGGUGGCGGGCCCAGCCCUUGCUUCUGGUUCCAGCUCCUCCCGCAAGAGGGCGCACCCCAACGUCGCCGGCCACAACCACCACUCCUCCUCCAAAACGAGCAAAAGCUCCAAGGGCAGCGCAGGUAGUUCCUCCUCUCACUGUUCCUCUGUUCAGCUGCAGUCACAGUGUGUGUCGUCUCAGUCACAGUGUGUGUCGUCUCACAGUCACAGCUCUGGUUUUAACCUUCCCUUCCCCCUCCUCCCCCUGUCACAUACCAGGUGGGCUACGGACAUCUCAGCACCCUAGUGAAACUGGACAAGAAGCCAGUGGAGAGCCGCGGCCCUGAGGUCGCCGGCUGG